CCCGCCUCCUAGCAGGAGGGGGUUUCCGCUUCCGGCAGCGGCGGCUGAAGCCUCGCUCUGGUCCCUGCGGCUGGCGGCCGAGCCGUGUGUCUCCUCCUCCGCCGCCGCCAUAUUGUCUGUGUGAGGAGAGGGGAGAGCGGCCGCCGCCGCUGCCGCUUCCACCACAGUUUGAAGAAAACAGGUCUGAAACGAGGUCUUACCCCCAGCUGCCUCUGAACACGGUGACUUGCCAGAUCUCCAAACAUCAAGUCCAGCUUUGUCCGCCAACCUGUCUGACAUGUCGGGACCCGUGCCAAGCAGGGCCAGAGUUUACACAGAUGUUAAUACGCACAGACCCCGAGAAUACUGGGAUUACGAAUCACAUGUGGUGGAAUGGGGAAAUCAAGAUGACUACCAGCUGGUUCGAAAAUUAGGUCGGGGUAAAUACAGUGAAGUAUUUGAAGCUAUCAACAUCACAAAUAAUGAAAAAGUUGUUGUUAAAAUUCUCAAGCCAGUAAAAAAGAAGAAAAUUAAACGUGAAAUAAAGAUUUUGGAGAAUUUGAGAGGAGGUCCCAACAUCAUCACAUUGGCAGAUAUUGUAAAAGACCCUGUGUCACGAACCCCUGCCUUGGUUUUUGAACACGUAAACAACACAGACUUCAAGCAAUUGUACCAGACGUUAACAGACUAUGAUAUUCGAUUUUACAUGUAUGAGAUUCUGAAGGCCCUGGAUUAUUGUCACAGCAUGGGAAUUAUGCACAGAGAUGUGAAGCCCCAUAAUGUCAUGAUUGAUCAUGAACACAGAAAGCUACGGCUAAUAGACUGGGGUUUGGCUGAGUUUUAUCAUCCUGGCCAAGAAUAUAAUGUCCGAGUUGCUUCCCGAUACUUUAAAGGUCCUGAGCUACUUGUAGACUAUCAGAUGUAUGAUUAUAGUUUGGAUAUGUGGAGCUUGGGUUGUAUGCUGGCAAGUAUGAUCUUUCGGAAGGAGCCAUUUUUCCACGGACAUGACAAUUAUGAUCAGUUGGUGAGGAUAGCCAAGGUUCUGGGGACAGAAGAUUUAUAUGACUAUAUUGACAAAUACAACAUUGAAUUAGAUCCACGUUUCAAUGAUAUCUUGGGCAGACAUUCUCGUAAGCGAUGGGAACGCUUUGUCCACAGUGAAAACCAGCACCUUGUCAGCCCUGAGGCCUUGGAUUUCCUGGACAAGCUACUGCGAUAUGACCACCAGUCACGGCUCACAGCAAGAGAGGCCAUGGAACACCCCUAUUUUUACACUGUUGUGAAGGACCAGGCUCGAAUGGGUUCAUCUAGCAUGCCAGGGGGCAGUACGCCUGUCAGCAGCGCCAAUAUGAUGUCAGGGAUUUCUUCAGUGCCAACCCCUUCACCCCUUGGACCUCUGGCAGGCUCGCCAGUGAUUGCUUCUGCCAACCCCCUUGGGAUGCCUGUUCCAGCUGCCGCUGGUGCUCAGCAGUAAUGGCCCCGUCUGUCUCCUGAUGCCUGACCAGAGGUGGGGGAGUCCACCCCUCUCCUUGAUGCAGCUUGCGCCUGGCGGGGAGGGGUGAAACACUUCAGAAGCACCGUGUCUGAACCGUUGCUUGUGGAUUUAUAGUAGUUCAGUCAUAAAAAAAUUAUAAUAGGCUGAUUUUCUUUUUUCUUUUCUUCUUUUUUUUUUUUUUUAACUCGAACUUUUCAUAACUCAGGGGAUUCCCUGAAAAAUUACCUGCAGGUGGAAUAUUUCACGGACAAAUUUUUUUCUCCCCUUCCAAAUUUAGUUCCUCAUCACUAAAGAACAAAGAUAAACCAGCCUCAAUCCUGGCUACUGUGUUUGGGUGGAGAUUUCUUCCCAUUUUCACCAUUGCUCCUCCAGCAUCCCACACUUUGGGGGGUUUGUAUCUCAUGCUCUUCUCCAGAGAUUACAAAAAUGUAGCUUCUCAAGGGAGGUGGGAAAGAAGGAGGCAGGAAGAAAGGAAGGGAGGACCCAAUCUACAGAGCAGUGUACUUACUGCUAGUCACUUAUUAUUUUACAGAAGUGCUUCAGUGGGGUUAUCCUGGUGACUCUAGUGGAAGCGUGUUUUAGUUACAUUGAGAUGUUGAAAAUCUACCCAAAAUCCAGACAGAUCCUAAAACCUCUGUUCAGUAUGAAUCAUGUCUUAACAACCUAUCCCUAAACCCACUCACUUAUGAUUUUAGUUUUAGUUUAGUUUAAAAUUUUGAUACCUUCCCUCCUAGGCUCCUUACCUUGGUCUUUUCCCCUUUCAUCUCCCAACAUGCUGUGCUCCAUAGCUUGUGUGAGGGGGAGGCAAAGUCUUUUUCUAUUGUCUUUGACUUGGCCACUUUGAAUUCAGUUAGUUACUGGGCAUAACUUACUGCUUUUUACAAAAGAAACAAAUAUUGUCUAUGUAGAUUUCAUGCUAGCAAAUCUAAGCUAAUGGGAGAUGUGGCCACAUUGAGUUCCAUUUUAAGUUUUCUACCUUCUUUUCCUCCUACCUUCCCCUUCCCUCACAUACCAUCCAGUGAGAAGACCUACUCCUCAGUCUUGUAAAUGUAUCUGAGAGGUAGGAGCAGAGCCACUAUCUCCAGUGAAACUGAAAUGGUAGACCUGUAAUCGUGGGACAAUUAUAUCUCUUGUUACAGCCCUGCCACCCCUUGCUGUGUGUAUAUAUAUAAUACUUUGUCCUUCAUAUGUGAAAGAUCCAAGUGUUGGAAUUCUUUGGUGUAAAUAAACGUUUGGUUUUAUUUAUCAA